AUGUUCUCGCCGGCGCAAGGAUGCGCCGCGACUCCUUCCGCGAUUCCCCCCUCUGACUGGGCUCUGAAUCCCGACCCUCCGGCAGUAGAUUGUGCCGUCUCUUCGGCAUCGCCGAUUUUCUCUUCGUUUCAAACCAACCUCGAGAUUGCUCCAGAAGGACUAGCUCACGCCGUUGCAUGCUCGGAAGGGAUCCACCUGGAGUCUUAUCCGCCAGCUCAGGCGGUUCCUUCUGGGUCUUCGGGCCACGUCAGCAGCGCGGCGUCGGGACUUGACUGGGAUCAGGUGCGACAUCUGCUGGCGGACGGAGAGGAGGCGGAGGAGAAGGGGAAUGGAUUUGACAGGAUGAGUAGAUUCGAGAAACACGCUGAAGUUGAUGAACGAAUAGGGUGGGGAAGGGGUGGCGGAGGGGAAAAGGAGGAGAAGGUCGCUCAGUUAAGAUCCGCUCUGCCCGUUGGAGAUGAGUUAGUUGUCGCACCUCCUGUCGCUUCCGCUGUCGUUCCCCCUCCCGCUUCCGCUUCCCCCUCCCCGCUGUCUGCUGUCGCGGCGGAGGGCGAGCCGAUCUUCCUCCCUGCUUGCCCGGACGGCUGCGAUUGCGCAGGCUGCCAGCUGUUGCAUUUUCAUUGGCUCGACCGGUUCUCCCCCGCACCCUAUUCUGGGAUUGGGGAGGGCGGCGGAUGGGUUGCGCGGAAAGGGGACGACGCGGAGAGGAGCGGAACGGGUGGCGCAGAAGUGCUGUUGCGGAGGGACGCGACGGGCGCAGGAGCAGAGGCGGGCGGAGGAAUAGCGAUGAGCGGAGGAACGGGGGAAGGCGGAGGAGCGGAGGAGCAGGGGGCGCCUCCUUUCGCACCUCAUUUCUCCGCCUCUUCGUUUCCGCCAUCGUUUCCGCCAUCGUUUCCGCCAUCGUUUGCGCCAUCGUUUGCGCCCUCCUUCACGCCAUCGUUUACACCGUCGUUCACGCCUGCGACCGCCGCCUCGUGCCCGCCUCCCUCCGCGCGACUCCCUGGCCUCGCCUCCCCGAGUCCUCCUCGCAAGCGACCGCUGCUGCUCGCCCCGCCUGUCGCCGCUGCGACGCUGAGCGCCACACGUGGCAGCACACGUGGCGUUACGACUGAGUUGACCACCACACAGUACGUUGCUGGCGAAGAGAGCUUCGCUGGGAGCAUUGGUGUGAGCAUCGGUGGAAGCACCGGUGUCAAGGCAACUAGCACUGCUGUUAAGACGACCAGCAAAAUCGCGUCUGCCGCCCAAAACAGCAGCUUUCCUGGCGCUCGCCGCCCGGCCGACAUGUCCUCCAGGCUGGCACAGCUGCUGGAGGAAAUCAAAUCUCCAGGCCGGGCGGCAGCAGCCAACGCCGCCGUGUCAGCCGCAAAUACAGUCGGGAUGGGCCAGAUGGGGGGAAUGGGCCAGAUGGGGGGAAUGGGCCAGAUGGGGCAGAUGGGGCUUGAUGCAUCUGCGCUUGAGCGCAUGGGGGUGAAUCCGGGCAUGCUGGCGGGCAUGGGGGUGGAUGCGGGCGUGUUGAGGGGCAUGGGCGUGGACAUGGGCAUGUUGCAAGCCAUGGGGGUGGAUGCUGCCAUGCUGCACAAUCUAGGGUUCACUCCUGAAACAUUAGAACAGCUAGGCUUGGGGGGCGCGGCUAGCGGUUGUGCUGGUAGUGGUGGUGGUGAUGGCGGUGGCGCUGCUGCUGGUGCUGCUGAUGCUGCUAGUACGCGCCCUGGUUGCUCUGCUGACGCUUCUGGUGGCGAUGGGGAGUGGAGGGGCGAGGACGGGAGGGACGAGGAGGAAGAGAUGGAGCAGGGGGAGGAGGAGGAGAGAGGGGGGAGUGGAAGGGGAGGAGGGGAGGAGGAGGAGGUGUCGAUGGCAGUGGUGCUGCAGAGGCUGGAAGAGCUGGCAGAGGCCUCCGCAGCACGUGAUGAGACCCUCUCGCGUCGCCUGCUGCCCCACCUGCGCCCACUGGUCAACGAGCGUGGAACGGCAGCGCAGAGAGUAGCAGCGCACUUCACCCAGGCGCUGGCAGCCAGGCAGGCGGGGUGCGGGGCAGAGCAGUACAAUCGCGGGCUCAACGCGUCCUCCCAGGAGAUCGCAGCCUCCAUGGAGCGCUGCUUCGCCUCGCUGCCCUAUCUGGACUUCUGCCACGUGGCGGCUAUGCGGCCUGUGCUGGCGGCAGUGAACGGCAGCCGUCGGAUCCACAUCAUCGUGUUUGGGUUCUGGAUGGGGCGGUACUGGCUGGAGCUGCUGCAGCUUAUCGUCGCCGUUCACCUCCCCCUUGUCGAACCCUCCAGGCUUUGGCACCCACCCUCUCUCCGCGUAACAGGCAUGGUUGUCAUAUGCCGCAACGAGCUCAUAGACUCCAAAUCCUCUGCUGCCUUUCCUUGUCUGCCCUUCACCCCUGCCCUUGUUUCUCCUCCCUCCCAGGCCCUAGCUGCUUUCCCAGGCAGCCCUCCCUCCCUGCGAGUAACAGGCAUCGACGUCACAUGCAGGAACGAAUUGACGGAUUCCAAGUCCUCUGCUGCUUUCUCCGGCCGCCUGCUCUCCCGCGCUGCCGCUGCUCUCGCCAUCCCCUUCCGCUUCAAAGCUGUUGUUCUCCCUGUCGGCCCCGCUGCUGCCUCCAUGCCGCUCGAGGGGAAGGGAGGGGGUGGCGGAGGGGGAAUGGGGGCCGGGGGGAGCGGGGGAGGAUUCAGGGGGAGUGGGGGAGGGGUUGGGGGAGGGUUCGGGGGGGCGAUGGGGAUGCGGUCGGUGGUGGGGGGGUUGGAGGAGGAGGUGGAGGUGGAGGAGGGGGAGGCCACGGUGGUGCAGUGCAACAUGAGUCUGCUCUUUCUGGCAGAUGACUCGGUGCUUCGGGCCAACCCACGCGACACACUGCUCAGGUGGAUCCGCUCCCUCUCGCCACUCACCACUGUGGUGGUCGAGAUGGACGCGCCACUCAACUCGCCCUUUUUCCUCCCGCGCUUCCGCGCCGCCCUCCGUGUCUUCUCCUCCAUCUUCGCCUCUCUUGAUGCCGCCCUGCCACGGGAUAGCCCGCACCGGCACACGUGUGAGCGCCUCUAUUUCGCACGCGACAUUGUGAAUGUCGUGGCCUGUGAGGGCAUUCAGAGGACGGUUCGGGCGGAGAGCCUGGAACAGUGGCAGGCUCGGAUGCGCCGAGCCGGGUUCGUAGGUUUGGAGGUGGGGAUGGAGGUGAUGGAGGAGCUUCGGGGGGUGCUGAGGAAGGGAGGGAGGAAGUAUGGGGGGUAUGAGGUUUUGCAACAAGGGAAUGGAGUGAGGUUGCUGUGGGAAGGGGUUCCUGUACUGGCUGCUUCUAUGUGGCUUUAA